AUGGCAUUGUAUCAAAAGACCAUCGAAAAAUUUGAAGCAAUACUUAAGUGUGAUAGAAUUAAUUUGGAAGAACUUAAAACUCUUGCAUUUAAUGGUUGUCCAACUGAUAAUGGCAUUCGUAGUUUAACAUGGAAGAUUUUACUUAAUUACCUCUUCGUUGAUCGAACAAAAUGGACAUCGUAUUUAUCUAAACAACGUGACCAUUAUCGUGGUUAUAUUCGAGAAACUAUCAUAAAACCUGGUCUAAAAUCGACGUCUCACUCGGAUAUUGUUGAUCAUCCUUUAAAUUGUGCAGCUGAUAGUUCAUGGACAGCUUAUUUUAAAGAAAAUGAAGUUUUACUACAAAUUGACAAAGAUGUUCGACGACUUUGUCCUGAUCUAUGUUUUUUCCAACGUAAAACAGAUUAUCCAUGUGCUGAGAUCAUGAAUCAAGAGGUUGGCUUCGAAAGCUUACGUAAACGCAUUAUAUCAACAUCACUUAAAGUUGAGUCCCAGUCUCAUUCACGUUUAACUGGCCGAUUAGAAUUUCAAUCCAAUAGAUCCAAAUGUCCAACAAUCGACGAUAAUGAAUAUGAAGUAUUAGCGAAUGGUUCUGAAGCACAUUGGCAAGUUCUUGAAAGAAUUUUGUUUGUUUUUUCACAACUCAAUUCAGGACAAAGCUAUGUACAAGGCAUGAAUGAAAUUAUUGGACCCAUCUAUUAUACAUUUGCUACCGAUCCUAAUCUAGAGUGGAGAGAACACGCUGAAGCCGAUACAUUUUAUUGCUUUACAAAUUUGAUGAUACAUUUACGAGAAAAUUUUAUGAAAGUUUAUGAUAAAUCAGAAUUCGGUAUUCUUGGACGUAUGCAAAAAUUUUCAAUGCUUUUGAAAGAACUCGACAAAGAAGUACAUGAGUAUUUCGAACAGGAAAAUUUAAAACCUGAAUUUUAUGCAUUUCGCUGGUUGACAUUGUUACUUUCACAAGAAUUUCAUCUACCAGAUGUUCUACGUAUAUGGGAUUCAUUAUUUGUUGAUCAUGAAAAAUAUUUAGACUUUUUAUUAUAUAUCUGCUGUGCCAUGGUUAUUCUACAACGAGAUCAACUUUUAAAUGGUUCUCAAGCACAAAAUAUUAAACUAUUACAACAUUAUCCACCAGAUACGGAUGUACAUAAAAUUCUCCAAAAAGCAGUUGAACUCCAACGUAUUCAUAAAGCGUGA